AUUGUGUAAAAAAAAAUACCACUCAUGAAAAUAUAUACUUUAUGAAUUUAACAAAGUUUCAUAUGGCCUGCAACUUGAACCAAAAAAAACAAGGAAAUUGAAUUUGAGUAGGAAGUGUUGAAGUUUGGUUAAAGAACCAAUGAAAUGAAAGAUAUUCCUAGGAAUGAGUGAAACACGACCCGCAGUGAGACAAUUCCGUCCGUGUCUUCGGACUUUUCGGAGACCCAUAUGUAUGCCAGACAGACACAGUCACACGCAACAAAACAAAACAAAACACAAAAUCACAAACACCACCCCCUUCAUUCAAUUCCACUUCUACAAUGCACAAUUCACCAUCAUCAUCAUCAUCAUCAUCCUAAAAAUCCCUUUCAAAUCUGCAAUUUCUUCAUCUCUUUUCAAUGAUUUCAUAGCACCCCACUUCAUUAAAACGCAAUUUUUUCCAUCUUUAUUCUCACACCACGAUUCUAUAAGGUCUGGUCUGGAGAUAUUGUAAAGAUUCAUCAUCAUGGCGACGAAAGGGAACCCUGGUGAUAAUAGAAAUAACAAAGGUCCGGUGUCUAUUUUCAUUGUAGUUGCUUUGUGUGGUUUCUUCUAUAUAUUAGGUUUGUGGCAAAGGAGUGGUUUUGGUAAAGGAGAUAGCAUUGCGGUUGAGAUUACUAAACAUACAGAUUGUAGUGUUCUUUCCGAUCUAAAUUAUGAAACUCAUCAUGAUGGGGAUGCCGGAACGCCUGACGAUUCUGAUGGUCAAGUCAAGGAAUUCAAGCCUUGCGAUGAUCGCUACAUUGAUUACACCCCCUGCCAUGAUCAAGCAAGGGCAAUGACGUUUCCGCGAGAUAAUAUGAAUUAUAGAGAAAGGCAUUGUCCUCCUCAAGAAGAGAAAUUGCAUUGUCUCAUAGCUGCACCUAGAGGUUAUGCCACACCGUUUCCUUGGCCAAAGAGUCGCGACUAUGUGCCAUAUGCAAACGCGCCUUACAAGAGCCUGACAGUUGAGAAGGCUGUGCAGAAUUGGAUUCAGUAUGAAGGGAAUGUUUUUAGGUUUCCUGGUGGAGGAACUCAGUUUCCUCAGGGUGCUGAUGCGUACAUUAACGAACUUGCAUCUGUUAUUCCAUUGGAUAAUGGGAUGGUUAGAACUGCAUUGGAUACUGGGUGUGGGGUUGCUAGUUGGGGUGCGUACCUGUUUAAGAAAAAUGUUAUUGCAAUGUCAAUUGCACCAAGGGACUCUCAUGAAGCACAAGUUCAAUUUGCUUUGGAAAGAGGUGUUCCUGCAAUCAUUGGUGUUCUUGGAACAAUAAUGCUGCCUUUUCCUUCUGGAUCUUUUGACAUGGCACAUUGUUCUCGCUGCUUGAUUCCAUGGGGUGCAAAUGGUGGAUUGUACAUGAAGGAAGUUGACCGAGUUCUUAGACCUGGUGGUUACUGGAUACUUGCUGGUCCUCCGAUCAACUGGAAGCACAACUACCAUGCAUGGCAACGUCCUGAGGAUGAGCUUAAGGAGGAGCAAAGGCAGAUUGAGGAUACUGCUAAACUUCUUUGCUGGGAAAAGAAACAUGAGAAAGGUGAAAUUGCAAUUUGGAGAAAAGCAUUAAACAAUGAUGAAUGCAAUGAACAAGAUACUCAACCCACAAUAUGUGAAUCUGCAAAUUCUGAUGAUGUCUGGUACAAGAAGAUGGAAAAUUGUAUAACUCCUGCUAAACCUGGUACUACAUGGAAGCCAUUCCCAGAGAGACUCAAUGUUGUUCCUUCAAGAAUCACCAGUGGAUCCGUUCGUGGUGUAUCCACAGAGUUAUUUGAGGAGGACAAUCGAUUAUGGAAGAAACAUGUGAAUGCUUACAAGCGGGUCAACAAAAUCAUCGACUCAGGGAGGUAUCGUAAUGUGAUGGACAUGAAUGCUGGUUUUGGAAGUUUUGCUGCUGCCCUGGAUUCUCCCAAAUUAUGGGUUAUGAAUGUUGUUCCUACAAUUGCUGAGAAAGCUACCCUUGGUGUUGUAUUCGAGCGAGGAUUGAUUGGCAUUUAUCACGAUUGGUGUGAAGCCUUCUCCACAUAUCCAAGAACUUAUGACCUUAUCCAUGCAAAUGGUCUUUUCAGCCUGUACAAGAAUGAGUGUACUGCAGAAGAUAUUCUACUAGAGAUGGACCGCAUCUUACGGCCUGAAGGGGCGGUAAUAUUCCGAGAUCAGGUAGGUGUGCUGAAGCAAGUGAAAAGACUAGCAAAAGCAAUGAGAUGGAAUACCAAAAUGGUGGAUCAUGAAGAUGGUCCACUGAUUUCAGAGAAGGUCUUGUAUGCCGUCAAGCGGUAUUGGGUUGCAGGUGACAACACAACGAGCACAGAUUGAUACCGGAAUGGAAGAAAGAAUAGUUUCAAGAUUUCAGCUGACAUAAUGAUUCUAAUUGUGAUUUUUAUUUUGGAUAUGAAAUUGUCUAGAGUUUUAACAUAAGUGAGCAUAUAUGUUUUAUUUGUUGAAUGUAGAGUUGAUAGUUUUUAGAGAUUAUAAAUCAUAGUCAUCACUUCACAUAUAUGUAUUUAUUUGGCUUCACUA